GUUCAGAGCUUCGACGAUCGCUUGAUCAUUUUUUAGAAGCUCAUUAGUUUCGUACCAACUGCGGUUUACUUUUUGGUGGACGGCUGUUUAAGAUUAAGAUUGAUAAGAUUGUUUAAUUUUGCUUUUUCCGAACUAAUUGCCCAUCGCAUAUUAGUCACGCACUGAUUGCACAUAGUUCGAAGGAGUUAACUUUAAAUAUUAUUUGUUAUUAAAACCCGCUAUCUCUUCUUAAACGCAUAAAAAGAAAUCUUUUCUAUAAGUAAAACCUCAGUCGAUUACAAACUAGUGUUGCUGCUGUUUAUGUAUUAAGUUUGCCAAAAUGGGACCAGGCACAUACAUAGCAUUGACAUUGACGGUUGUUGGUUUCGCACCAAUUUUUACGGAAUCUGCGAAAAUACUCGCAAUAUUUCCUUUUACAGGUCCUUCGCAGUAUAUGUGUGUGCAGCCAUAUUUGAAGACAUUGGCGGCGCGCGGACAUGAAGUCACUUCGAUCUCGGUAUUCCCGCAAAAAACGCCUUUAAAAAAUUUUCGUGAUAUAACCUUAAGUCAUGAAUACAAAGAUCAUGAUGAAUUCAUUAUCGCUGCAAUUGAAGAUAUGUGUGAAACUAAAUUGAACCAAUUACGUGCCUUGUUGGAGUACUCAAUUAUGGGUUCCUUGCCAGUGCUGCAGAACGAAGAAUUCCAACAUUUAUUGCGCUCUGAUGAACAUUUCGAUCUCAUCAUUAUCGAAGCUUUCUCUCUGAACUCACUUUACGCAUUAGGUCGACAUUUCAAUGCGCCUAUGAUUGGUAUCUCCACAAUAAGCGCAGAUAUUGUGAACGAUCAGUUGGUGGAUAAUGUUUCGCCGAUAGCAUAUGUACCAACGCCUAUUGGCAUGAAUUUGGAUCGUAUGAAUUUCUGGCAACGCUUAGAUAAUUUAUAUGAAAACACAAUGGAGCUUCUAUAUACUCAUUUAGUAAUAAUACCAGAACAACAGCGGGACUAUGAAAAGUAUUUUCCUAAUGCGACAUUGCGCUUAACAGACGUGCGUAGAGACUUUUCACUUUUGCUGCUCAAUCAACAUUACUCAUUCAGUUGGCCACGUCCAUUGGUACCGAAUGCAAUCGAAGUAGCUGGUAUGCAUAUUGAUCAUAAACCGAAUAAAAUACCAACGGAUAUGGAAGAUUUUAUCAAUGCUUCGUCUAGAGGGGCUAUCUACUUCUCACUAGGCUCGAAUAUAAAGUGCGUUAAUUUACCGAAACAUAAAUUGCAAGAGCUAAUGAACGCAUUUGCCUCCUUACCAGUGAACGUGUUGUGGAAAUUUGAGAAGACGGAUCUAGCUGGUAAACCAAAGAAUGUCUUCAUCAAUAAAUGGUUUCCACAAUCGGACAUACUUGCUCAUCCUAAAGUGAAACUGUUUGUUACACAUGGCGGUAUGCACAGUCUGAUAGAAGCGGUGCAUCAUGCUAAACCGGUUGUGGGUACGCCAGUCUUUUACGAUCAACAUUUGAAUGUUGAAAAAGCAGUAAGUAAAGGUUUCGGUGUUGCUAUAAACUUUCGAAAUUUCACCAGCACCGAGUUACGCAAUGCCAUUCUAGAGGUGCUGAACAAUCCCACGUAUACCGAAAAAGCGCGAGAGAUCUCUGCUAGUUUCCAUGAUCGACCUAUGAAACCGCUCGAUGCAGCAAUCUAUUGGACUGAGUAUGUGUUGAGGCACAAGGGUGCGCCACAAAUACGUGUAGCCGCACGUCACUUGAAUUUCUUACAGCGCAAUAGUGUAGAUACUAUGGCUGUGCUGUUUGGUAUUCCAUUGUUGUUGGCUAUAUUCAUAAUCCAUGCUGUUUUUAAGGUUCUGGCGACAAUAUUUAGUAGCAACGGUAAUGCGAAUAAGAAGCGAAAACAUGAUUAAUCAUUUUUUUUAUAGAAUUAUCUAGACACUUAGGUUAAGUGCUGUUAUUUCAAAGCCUAUUUUUAAGAGGAAGCAUGACUAUAUAAUUCAGGUUUAAGAAUAGCUUGCACUUUGAGAAGUUAUAAUUAUAGUACAAGUAAAAAGAAUGCUUACGACAAAUUUGCAGUUGCCUUGAAAGUCACAUCGAAAACGAACGUAAUUUUAAAUUUAAUUUAAAUUUAAAUUUAAAAAAAAAAAUUCCGAAAAAUAAAUUAUACCUAUAGAAAUAUAACAAAUAAUAAAAUGGUGCAAGUAUUUACGGCAAAAGUAGAACUGUAUCAGAAACAUUAAACGCAAUAAACAUUCUUCACAAUUUAUUUGUAGACAGCAAAA